GAUAAGUAACAACUGGAUAAUGGGUCCAGAGCUAUGUGACAUGUGGACUUCCAUCGAUGUUCUCUGUUGUACAGCUUCAAUCUUACAUUUAGUGGCCAUAGCCGUCGACAGGUAUUGGGCCGUAACUAACGUAGAUUAUAUCCACACACGAAAUAGCUACAGAAUAGGAGUAAUGAUAAUAAUAAUAUGGGCCAUCGCAUUGGUCGUAUCUCUCUCCCCCCAAAUACCUCAAUUUAAGGAUCCCGACUAUCUCUUCAGGAUAAACGAGAAGAAGCAGUGUUUGGUUUCGCAGGACCUCAAAUAUCAAAUAUUUGCCACUAGUUCCACAUUUUACGUUCCUUUGUUGAUGAUAUUUAUUUUGUAUUGGAAAAUAUUUCAAACGGCCAGAAAAAGGAUACGAAGGAGGAGACAGAUGAACUCAGAGAAUUUGCGGCCGCAUAAGACGAAAAUAGAAACUGUCAACAACGGCCAGGCGCAUAAGAGUUUCCUAUCAAAAAGAAGGUUUAUGAGAAUAAAGAAGGAUCCAGAUAAAAAAUCAGUAGCAGCUGAAACAUUGGUUACUUCUUUGAUGACUAUGGAAGGCCAGUCUACCACUACGACCGUUGAUAUCACGGAAGAGGAAGACAGUAGAGAUAAAACUGUAUCGCCACCCAUUGCACCAGAUGCCUCAAAUCAACUCCCUCUGCCCCUUACUGAAGCUCAAAAAUCACCUAAAUCUACAGAUUCGUCGGAUAAGAGCAAGUAUCAGCAAGAAACUACCGCGUUUACUAUUUCCAAGCAGACAAACUUACAAAAUCAUGUAUAUCAAGAAAAAACGACCAACAAUGGAUCAACAGGUGACCGGAGCGAAACUAUCAGUAGAGCAGGUACCCUCAGCAAAGAAACUCCAUCUUGUCCAGCCUCAGUGGACAAGCUCUUGCCGUCCAAAAAGGAAAAGAAGGAAAGUCUCGAGGCCAAACGCGAACGAAAAGCAGCCAAAACCCUAGCAAUAAUCACCGGAGCCUUCGUGAUGUGUUGGCUACCUUUCUUCAUCUUAGCCCUCCUUCUUCCUCUCUGCGGCGACUCCUGUAACAUCAGCGGUUACAUCAUGAGCUUCGCUUUGUGGUUGGGCUACUUCAACUCCACCCUCAAUCCGGUUAUUUAUACUAUUUUCAGUCCGGAAUUCAGACAAGCUUUCAAGAGGAUUUUGUGUGGGGGGCAUCGGGGACCACGGACUUACAGGUCGGGGAAAAUGAGAUAAAAUAAAAAGAUUUUCGUGUGUGGACCGAGCGGUGAAAAAUAUUGGGUUUUAGUUUAUCCAUGACUUAACAAUUUUAAAUUAUCUAUUUUCUAUAUUCCAUUUGAGGAAAAAUUCACUUUUCUUUUUACAAUUUUAUUAUUUUUCAAAUAUUUAUUUGAUGAAAUUGAUCCAAAAUGGUAAGACAUUAUCACAAAGGCAUCUGAUAAAUAUAUGCACCUUUUACUUUUAAG